GUAAAAAAGAAACAAAAAUCCUGACCCUAGGGUUUUCUCGAGUUCGCGGGAGACUAAAAAGAGCGAAGGCGCCUAAAUUUACUGUAGCAUAGCAGACUCAGGCAAAUCCUCAGUGGUCCGAACACCAGAAAAUUUUAAAUCCAAAGUAACCUAGAUUACAUUGACCAUCCAAUCCAUAGAGAGAGAGCACAAAAAUCGUCAUCAGUAAUCUGGAAAGGGAGGAAAUGGACGCGGAAACGGCCUUGGAGCUUGUGAAGCACGGCGCCACUCUUCUUCUGCUUGAUGUUCCUCAACACACUCUCAUCGGCAUCGACACACAGAUGUACUCAUCCGGUCCGAAUUUUAAAGGUAUCAAGAUGAUUCCGCCUGGCAUCCACUUUAUCUACUACAGCUCCUCUAACAGGGAAGGCAGUGAAUUUUCUCCGGUUGUUGGUUUCUUCAUAAAUGCUGAGGCUUCACAGGUAAUUGUUCGGAAGUGGGAUCAGAAAGAGGAGCGGUUUAUCAAAUUGUCAGAUGAUGUUGAAGAGGGAUACUCUUGUGCAGUUAAAAGAUUGGAAUUUGAUAAACACCUCGGAUCGUACACAUUGAGCUAUGGCGACUGGAAACAAUUGUCCAACUACAUUACCAAGGAUACAAUUGAGCGUAUCGAACCUAUUGGAGGAGAAAUCACAGUUUCCUCUGAAUCUGGAAUUGCUGGAAAGUUCUCCAUUACAGCCACGGAGAGAACCCUAAACAGCCAACUAAAGAAUAGCAAAUUUUCAUCACCUGUAAACACACCCCAAAAAAGACGUUGUUAUUACACUGAAAUUCCUCGAGUUGUGAAGCACAAGGGCAUAUCAAGCAAGGAGCUUACUGAUUUGAAUCUUGAUAAGACCCAACUGUUAGAAAAGAUAUUGGUGAAAGAAUAUGGAGGUGAUGAAGAUGCGCUGCUAGCUGAAUUGCAAUUUGCUUUCAUCGCAUUUUUGAUGGGCCAAUCCCUUGAAGCAUUUUUUCAGUGGAAGGAUUUGGUAACUUUAUUCUUUGGAUGUACAGAAGCUCCCCUGCACACUAGGAGUCGGCUUUUUACCAAGUACAUUAAGGUCAUAUAUUAUCAGCUGAAAUAUGGAUUCCUAAAGGAUCAAAAGGAUACUGGUGCUAAGCCUGAGAUAGUGUCAGCAUUGUUGGAUGAGUCCUGGUUAUCAUCCAACAGUUUUCUGUACCACCUUUGUAAGGAUUUCUUUUCAUUGGUGCUACAAGCUACUGUGGUUGAUGGGGAUCUUCUGUCAUGGGCGAGAAGGCUGAGAAUGCUGCUUGAGGACACUUUUGGGUGGCAGUUUCAACAGAACAGCACUGGAGUUUACUUUGAGGAAGACGAUGAGUAUGCUCCAGUGGUAGAGAUUUUAGAUGAUGCGGACUGCAGUUAUUCCUGAACUGUAUCUGUAUUCUUUUCGAUGUCUUCUAUGAGUGGGCUGGCAUGCAAGUUGUGUUUUGGAUAAAUCCCUGAAAAUUUACCAGGUAAAAGCUGGUUUCCAGUUGUCAUCUGUACACGAGCAGCUUCAGUAGGCUGUGUAGCUUAUAGAACCUGAUAUUAUACUUAUAUAGACUAAUAAAAAAGCAUGUAUCUACCGUGUUUGUUAAUCAUCAUUUAUGUCUGAGUCUUGAUAUCAACAAUAGGGCCUUGAUUACAGAUUAGUGAAUUUGUUUUGGCGUUGAAUUACCCUUUUGUCUCUCGUUUGUAUUAAAUAUAACUUGUGAUAGUGUUUUACCCUCCAAAUAUUUGGUUGGUACUAUCCUUCUACGCUGAAAAUAGUUUGUAGCCACUGUGGUGAGAAUAAACGAUGAUAGUCGAGUUACUUGGCAUUUCAUGUUUUCUGGUGCAUCUACUCUGAUGUAUGCUGU